AUGGAUCCUCCUAUGGUAACUAGGAACUUGUUAAGAUUCUGGGGACCCUCCAAGGUAGAUCUAAAAGAGACAUUUGAUGCUGAUUUACAAAGUCUCUACUCUACAGCCUACGGCUUGAUUAACCAAAAUAUAUCACGAGAUCAAUGGCGGAUGGUACAGUGGACUCUAGACGACUUUGCUCAGUUUUACGAUUGCGAAGAGUACGCAAAAGCGUGGUCAACUUUUGUGAGACUGUGGCUUAACCAGAACCUCUUGGUCGCCUUACCAUCUUGGGAGGAUGUUGUGGAGGCAUUACAGGACGUCUUCGAGACCCCUGAGGUAUUUCACGAGUAUGUUGGUUUAUGCCCCGAGAGCAAACUUCCUCUCGCUACCUGGGAGCCGAUUGACUACAUUUGUGCCUUCAUCAUACGCUUGCUUAACUACCGCAGGCAUUUCAAUGAUGGAACGGCAGCUAGCGGCAGCGACUUUGAGUUCCUCCAGGCGAUGUAUGCCGGUUCAUUUGGUAGCGAUAAUCCUUUCUACCAUCCCUGGGAUGCUGUGGAUAAAUGGGCCGCUGCAUACCUCCUCUACGUUAAGCUCAAGUAUGAGUGCAACCUCUACGUAGAGGACCACCUCCGCCAGCAUCCACAUAGCUUUGACCACGAUUACGCUCAGGCGAAGAAGUCAGGCCCUGUGCAUGCUAAAGGGGAGGAGGAAUUUGAGAGACGCCAGAAGGCGGCAAAGAAACACAAGAGAGCUCUGGAGAGAAAAGCAGAGAAGGGUUGGUUCUGGUUUCCUAGCAUGACACUGUGGUAA